AGAGAUCUGAAGCAGUGAUCGAGCUCCUAUUUCUGCUCUGUGUGUUCAUUUGUUACUAUAUAUUUCCUCUAUGCAAUGUGUGUGUGUGUGUGUUGAGUUAUGUGUGACAGAUGAAACGGGGACAGGGGGAGGAGUGAGUGAGUGUGCCAGAGUCCGUGCAGGAGACAGGGGUGAAAGAGUUUGGUUGGUUGGAAAGCUCCAGAUGGGCUCUUAUAACCCAAACGAGCUUCAGGUUUAGUUGGUUUUUGUGAAGUUUUUUCAUGCGGGAAUUUAGAGUUUUAGAUACUGGAAAGUCUGGACCAGGUCACUAGCAGGCUUCAUAAGGAGACCUUUGAAAACUGGGGGAACAAAUAUCCUGUCUGACCUACCAGGAGAUUAUAAAAAGUCUGGAGGACCCAUGGUGGAAUCAGAUCUGUGCUCAUAGGUGAUCUUGGAGGCCGUGUCACCGUUGGGACCUCAGCGGCAGAGAUACGACAGCGGAAGGCGGAGGAAGAUCCCGGCAGGGAGAGGCAGGGCAUUAUGCUCUUAGAGGCUCAUGUGAUGCCCCGUGAACAGCACGAUGUUGAGGAAAAUCAUCGAAUCUAAUUGUGCGUCUAACAGAGCCACGAGGAGAGAUGGCUGAGGGGAGGAAAAACAUGCGAGACAUGAGGGCUAUGUCUGGGUGGAGUUCAGCUUUGGGUGCAUCGAGGGGUUUGGAAAACACCAGAAGGCGAAACUGCUAGAACAGGAUGUCGACGCUGCCAUCAGAAAACAGCCCUGAAGAUGCCAACAAUCGCAGCUUCUGGAUGCCUGGGAACUAUCAGCGCACUGUGAAGCGAACAGAAGAUGCCUUCCAGGCCUGUAAUGACAUAGUGGCAUGUUUCCAAGAGCGAGCUCGGGUGGAGAGGCAGUACGCCCAGCAGCUCAGUGAAUGGAGCAACAAGUGGAAGCCAGUAGUGGACUCCAGUCCUCUUUAUGGAUCUCUUCUGAAGGCUUGGCAGUGUUUUCUGUCCUCUGCUGACCAGCUAGCCUCCUUACACGCCUCCAUCUGUCGCUCCCUGGUGUCGGAGGACGGAGACCGGGUCAGGACCUGGCAGAAGGACACCUUCCACAAGAAGUUAUUUGGAGGCUUCAAGGAGUCCCAGGACAUUGAGACGGGCUUUGCACGUGCUCAGAAGCCUUGGGCCAAACGACUCAAAAAGCUGGAUAAAGCCAGGAGGGCGUACCAUAAGGUGAGCCGUAAGGAGCAGGUAGCCAGGGAGCGAGAGGCACAUGCUCAGGGAAACCCGGACGUUGCCAUUGACAAACAAAAGAAGAUCCAGGAGGAGAGAGAGCUGGCUCAACAGGAGGCCGAGAAGGUUCGUGCCCGCUAUGAGAAAGUCCUGGAGGAGGUGAACCGCUACGCCCCUCGCUACAUGGAGGAGAUGGAGUCCAUCUUUGACCAAUCGCAGGACGAGGAGCGGAAGAGGAUUGUCUUCCUCAAACAGGCCUUCCUCUCCAUCCACAAACAUCUGGACAUUACCAACAAUGAGAGCGUGAGAGCCGUGUACAAUGAGCUCCACAACACACUGAUGGCCAUCGACGAGCAAGAGGACCUUCGCUGGUGGAAAAACACCCACGGGCCCGGCAUGCCCACCGACUGGCCUCACUUCCAGGAAUGGACACCUGAAAAGAAAGCCAAAAAAGGGAAGAAAGACAUGGAAAAGACAGGAACAAUAGAGAGGAGUGUGAUGAUUGGAGGAGUGAGAGUUAGAGCUCUGUAUGAUUACGUUGGCCAGGAGACAGAUGAGCUGUCCUUUAAAGCAGGUGAGGAGUUUUUGAAGAUAGAGGAUGAGGAUGAUCAGGGCUGGUGUCGGGGGAUGAAGGACGGAGGUUGGGAGGGGCUUUACCCGGCCAACUACGUGGAGGUGGUGUAGUUAUCACACGCGGACUGAGAAUGAAAGAUCUCGUCACAUCACAUGCUUCGUUUCACUCCGGAGGUCGCAGCCCGGUUACAUGUCA